AUGAAGUGCAACAUCCUCGUCGCUUUUCUGGCCACUGCUCUCCCUCGAGCGGUCCUUUCUGCCCCUGUCCCGGUCUCUGUGGAGAUCACAGGAUCUGACCGGUCUGACUACAACCGCUUUGCCGAAACCAUGGCUCGUGAUGAGUUCUCCACCGCUGGCCGCUCUGGCUAUAAUUCGGUGGAGGUGACCGCGCGUGACGCCACCACAGCCGCCGAGACUGACGGGCGCUCUGGCUACAAUUCCGUCGAAGUCGCAGCUCGUGGCAUCACCACGAAUGCUGAGACGGACGGAAGGUCUGGCUAUAAUUCCAUUGAGGUCGCAGAGCGCGACCUUGCCACAAACGCCGUGGCCGAUGGGCGUUCUGGCUACAAUUCGGUGGAAAUUGUCGAGAAGAAGGUCACGGCCGACGCGGAGACAGAUGGGCGGUCGGGCUACUACUAA